UUCUGUCGCAUAGUGACAUUUUGCUGACAGACAUUAGAAGAUCAACCCUGUUUUUUCGCAAAGUUGUGUUAUUUCGAUAAAAAAUCUUUGAAAUUAUGUAUUUUAACAACAUUCGCCAAAUAUAAGUGAAAGAGAACUCAAUACAAUUGAUAACUAGUUGACUGCUUCAAAAUGAAUUGAACUUGGAAAAUUUUUCAAAUACAUGGAUAUAUUUGGAAUAGUUUACAUUAGUAAUUGCUAUUCACUAAAUUUAUGAUUAAAUAUCAGUUCAAAAGAAUAGUUUGUAACUUUAUUACUAUCCAGCCAAAUCAAAAUGUUUCAGCCGUCGAAUACUACGCGAAAAGGAGCAAAAGGAAAAGUGCUCGAUCCAGAUAUUGAUUACUCGAAAGUGAAGAGUGUUCACAGUAUUUCGUCCUGGUGGGGCAUCGGAGGAAUCUUUCUCAUCCUCUUUAUUGGCAAUCUGACUAGCUAUACGAACUCUCAUCUACCGGACGCUUUGAGGAAUGCUCAUCUAGCAAAGUUUCCAAAUGCAUUCAUCGCGGAGCGAGCCUACAAAGAUUUGAAGAUAUUGAACGACUUUGGCCCAAAACCAACGGGCAGCUAUGCGAACGAGGUGCUUGCGGUUGAUUUUCUUUUACGUGAAAUUUCCUACAUAGAUCAGCUGAAGAACAAGAAUCAGAUAAUCGUUGUCGACAAACAAAUUGUUUCCGGUGGAUAUGUUGGCGUCUACAUGAACAAGUCGGCCACAAGCGUCUAUAGGAAUGUGCAGAAUGUCAUUGCGAAACUGGAGGGUAAAAAUAAGCAGCACGCACUGCUGCUGAACUGCCAUUUUGAUUCCGUGGCAACUAGUCCCGGUGCCAGUGACGAUUUAUCAGGAUGUGCUGUAAUGUUGGAGAUAUUGCGUGUGAUGUCAAGAGAACCAGAGAUUAAUCAAUAUUCGAUUAUUUUUCUUUUCAACGGUGCUGAAGAAACACCACUGCAGGCUUCCCAUGGCUUCAUAUCAUCUCACAGCUGGGCGAAAGAGGUUCGUGCCUUCCUAAAUCUAGAAUCAGCCGGUUCUGGUGGCAAAGAAAUGCUGUUCCAAAGUGGACCAAAAAACCCUUGGCUGAUUGAAAUGUACGCCAAAGCAAUUAUGUAUCCUUACGCACAAGCUGCAGCCGAAGAAGUCUUCCAAUCGGGUGUCAUUCCCUCUGAUACAGAUUUUAGAGUGUUUCGAGAUGUGGGCGGUGUUCCGGGGAUGGACUUUGCAUACACCGCCAAUGGUUAUCGGUACCACACAAAGUAUGAUUCGAUCGAAUAUAUUCCAAUGACGGUAUUGCAACGAACCGGUGACAACAUUCUUUCGCUGACAAAGACGAUUGCCAAUUCUGAUAGGUUACCGACACAGCAUACCAAGGCGGAACAUACCGUGUAUUUUGAUUUCCUUGGCGUGUUUUUUGUGCAUUAUUCUGCGGAUGUUGGCCUCAUGAUCAACCUAUCAGUAGUACUGCUUUCAAUAAUAAUACCGUUCCUAUCGCUGGCUCGAUCCACCAGCGGCACGCAUGGGAGACAAAUACGAUCGGAAACAAUGGUCGGAUUUGUAGCCACGUUUCUUGGAGCUGGCGUUAGCGGAAUAGUUUGCUUCCUGAUAGGGUAUCAACUAGAUCUAAUGGGUCGUCCCAUGUCGUGGUAUUCUUCAACAAACUUAGUAUUAGGGAUCUAUUGCUGUCCAGCUCUUUUGUGUCAAUGUUUAGUUCACGUUCUUUGCAACAAGGUUCUGGCUAGCAAAACUACACCUUUAAGUUUGGCGCUCAAAGUACAAGCUCGGUUGAAUGGCGUCAAUCUAUUCUGGGGAAUGCUAACCUUAGGAAUCACAUUUACCGGCUAUCGUGUAGCCUACAUCUUUAUGAUCCUAAUAUUUUUCUCAUUGCUAUCAAACACACUAAUUUCUAUGUUCGCUGUACAGAAUUCCGUUCAUAAGUGGCUCUACAUACAUUUGUUCUUCCAAAUUUUUGCCAUUUUGUGGAGCACCCAGUUUUACCAUAUGAUGUUGAACUUGUUCAUACCCAUUACGGGUCGCAUUGGAGCCUCCAUCAAUCCUGACUUGAUAAUAGGAGCGAUAUCCACCUUUUUGACGCUUUUCACGUGUAGCUACAUGACUCCACUUUUAUUCCUACUGAAGAAAACGGACAAGCUAAUUGGUGAACUGGUUGCAAUUACGGUGAUCGCAUUGUUGCUGGCUUCCUGGACCCAUGUCGGAUUUCCAUAUCGAGACGAUAGCUUAAAAGCACCGACUGUGCAGCGACAUUAUAUUACGCAUACGCUUCGGACAUUCCACGAUUAUAACGGAGGAUUGCGUUACACCGAUUCUGGUUUCUUGCUUCAGGAGCUCGAUCGAAAUGCAAAGAAAACCAUCGAAGGCAUUGCAAUGCCUGAUACGAUUACACCAAUGCGGGAAAUACCAGCCUGUGAAAAAGAGCUUUUCUGUGCCAUUCCAUUCUACUCGAUCUGGCAUCAGGUGCUUUUUGAAAAUUACUGGAUUCCAGCUCCACAACCAUUGGUACAUUCAUCAGUGCGGUGUUCUCUGCAAAAUAAGAACAAACUAUCCGAACAUGAACAUAGGAUGCAGUUAACACUUACAGGUGACCAUCAAUGUGCUCUAGUCAUCGGACCAAAGGCGGGUGCUACCCUCACAAAAUGGGACAUUGUGAACGAACUUGCGGACCCGAUUGAAUUCAAUGGCCAGAGAGGAUACUUUGUUCUGAUCAGCAGUGGAUCGAAUCCUGGUCCAAUGAAUAUUACGAUACAUUUAAAGCAUGAAAUUACCAACUACGAUGGACCGCUGGUCGAUGUCAUGGUGACCACGACAUUCUGGGAACACCAGAAGCAUCACGCUCCAGUUUUCAACAAGUUACUUGCUCGCGUUCCAACGUGGGCUCACGUGGUUCCUUCUGUUGCCGCCGUCAACAGCUAUAUAUUUUGAACUUAAAACUCUUAGCUUAAAACCAGCUCAAAGUGAGGUAGAGUAUCGAAUUAUGGUUUUAAUUAUACUAAUAUUGUAUAUGAUUAAGCAUUUCGCUUAAUUAAUUUGAAACAGCAUAUCUUGUAUAUGUUGAAAGUGAUAAAGUUUAUUUAAAAUUCUGAAUCACAAACAAUGUAUAUCAUGAGGCUAACACGAUAAUACUUUCUACAAUAGACAAUUUCCAAGCCAAAAAUUUCAUAGACCGGACCGGGCAUUCAGCAAACUAUUACUUUGUAGCCGCGCAUAAUCAGUCAUGAAUAAAAUUGACGGACAUUUUCAGAAAUUAUAUGAGCUUAGUUUCAUUCGCAUUAAAAUUACUAAAUUGCUACAGCUAAAAUUUAAUGAACAAAAUGACCAACCCUAUUUUGAGUGAUACUAGAUAACUCAUUCGAUUUGGUUCAGUUAAACUGUGAUUUCCCAUGAAUCUAAUGUUAAGUUAAGUACUGUGCUAAAAAUGGUCAUGAGAAGUUUUUCUGAAAAAGAUCUGAUUUGUACUAUCAUUAUUUUCUAGUGUCGAAUGAAUUUUGAGUGAAUCCGAUUGGUUUGAAAAAUCUCCCCAUCUGAUUUUUGGUUGUGGCGGUGAGACAGUUAUGCGUUUAACGGCAGUGUAUGCUUUUAAUGUUAUCUACGUUUCCGUAGAUGUAGAUCUACGAUCUACGAUUCCAAAAGUUUGAGUUAAUUUUCCUCAGAAAUGUGUGUCGCAUGUUUCAUCAUUGACAAAUAAGCUUGAAGCACAAAAAAACGUUUAUUUAAGACAAACCAAGUUGUAUCGCUAUUGUUCAAAAAUGUGGUAGGUACUUUACACAAACUAAUAAAUAGUAGAUUGUUUAUAAGCCAGUACCAAUUAAACUCCAGAAAUACAUAUAGUUUACGAAUACUUCAAAACUAAUUCAGUACACAAAUUGAAAAACAGCUUAAUUCUUAAAAUAUAGAUUUAUUGUUGGUCAACUGCAAUAUAAAAAAAUACUACAAUCUGUUCCUUAAGGAUAUUUUUUAUUAGAAAUACUUAAGUCCCUAAAUAAAAUUGAAAUAAAAAAUUAAAUCUAGCCUGAUUUAUAGCUUUUUAACCACUUGAUCAUAAUGGUAAACAUACUAACAAUUGCAAUAUAAUACAUUAGUUUGUGACGAAACAACUGCUCUAUUAUCAACACACAAAACUUUAAAAUUUCUCAAAACAAAUCAAGCUGAAACUUUAUCUAGAAAAAUGAAGCUUAAAAUUCCAUUGACCAUUAAUUAUAUUAAUGCAUUUUAAUUGAAAUAAAAUACCUACUAGGCUCUUGAAGUAAACCUAUUCUUAAAGAAUAAAAAAGCAAUUUUCUCCAAUAACUUCACUUAACUUUAUAUAAUGAUAGAGAUCGAAUUAAACUAAAAUAACGUAUUUUAUAUCCAUCAAACAAAGUCGGCUUCUUCUUUCCUUUAGAUAGGCACGUUAGCAUCGAAUUGAACACUGAUUAAAAUAAAGGGAUGUAGUGGUUUAAUUUUAGAUACCUGUUACUUUAAGUUACACUCCAAAGUUUCGAUAUGUCGAUAGAUCUGAUAUUACAUUUAUAGAAAUACAAUCUUGAAUUAUA